AUGGACUUGUCCAGGCCGCUUGACCCGGUCUACCUCGUUGGGUUUGCUGCUCAAUGUGUAGUACCAACCCGCUUAUCCAAGUUCACUCCGGAAUCGAUUCACCUGCUGGAUUCAUAUGCGUCGCAUCGAGAUACUCUGGUUGAAAUUGCAUGUAAAGAGCGAUCAAGUGGCUGUUACUACGGCAAUGAGAAGGCCAGACAGAGCAUAAACUUAAAGUUUGGUGACUUUGUCGACUAUUACCAAGCAGCUUUUAGAAAGCAGUCGCAUUGGCUGCAGACGGUGGACGAUCUAGAAUUUUACUUGGCCCAGUGCCCGAUAGCCGUAUUGAAACCUGAUUCUACAUGCACCAAGGCAAUCCUGCCCGCCAUCAUGAACGAUUUUCGAGUACCCGAAUGUCUUCAUGAAAAACCUGUCACCCAAGUAAAUCUCUGGAUGACGGUGCAACCUAGCCGGACGACGCUGCACUAUGACGCGUAUCAAAACAUAGUGGUAGUUCUGUACGGUCGAAAAACUAUCACAUUGUAUUCUCCGUCAGACACUGCAAAGAUGUAUCCCUACCCGGUUCACACCAAGUCCGUCAAUCACAGCCAAGUGGACAUCGUUCAACCGGAUCUCGAAAAACACCCACGCUUUUCAAAGGCGUCGGCUCAACAAUUUGAAGUCACAGCUGGAGACGCACUUGUGAUUCCAGAGGGGUGGUGGCACAAGGUGGACUCGGACAAGUUUACAAUUGCUGUCAACUACUGGUGGAAUGGCGUACGAGAACAACUCGUAGUAGAUAAACGUAUGGUGUCUUACUACGCCCGUGUCAUGCUGGAAGAACUGGUCAAGCAGCAAUGCGAGGCGCGCCUUCUAGCCUUUCGGUCUUCCUGUGCGAUAGAUAUUGUUGGGGCUUUCGAAGAUGAAGAAAGAGCGGCAGCAGUGAUUGUUGCAUCAAAAGACCAAGGCUGUCGUGAACAGGUGCUAUUUUCACUGGAAAACAAACUCUUUGUGAAAACGCAGCGGUUCCUGGCAGCAAAUCACGUCGUAGAGUGGCGAAAAUUACUUGCAAAUGCAAGUGCGGACUUGGCAGCCGCCCUAGUUCAGUGCUGGGAUAGUGAGGAUCUGGAAGCCAAUGUCCUAGGCGAGCUAUUUGGUGCUCUUGGCGAUGAGGAAGAAUCGAUCAAGGAGCUCAUAGCUACUAAAGAAGCUCAGUUCCAGCAAGAAUGCGCUACCGACAUGUAUCAAUCACUGUUUAAUUAG